UUCAAUAGCAUACACAAUUAACGCUUCAUCGGAUUAUGUCGCAAUCACACAAUUUAACUUUUUGAUCUGCUGUAUAUCAAGGACUGUAACUCUUAGUAGACUCUUUUGGCGCGAGAAUUUUGCGUGCAAAAAUGAAUGCGAAAAGAGGAAAUGUAAGUAAAUAUAAAUUGGUUUUACUUUACGCAUGAAACUCCUUACUCUUACGGGCAAAUAUUUUACUUCUGGCUUGUGUGAUAAUGUGAAAAGUGACGGAAUAUCAACAUAUUUUUUUUAAAACUUGGUUUCAGAAAGCUGUUUGGGGCUUCAAAAGAAGCACGGCAUUAACGCUGUUUCAGAAGCGCCUGGCAAGGAAGGAGGGUGAAAACAAUGUAAUGUUUCUCAAGAGAAGCAGGGCGGAAUAUGCCGCUCUGUCAGUUCUUGAGAAACAAAAACUGAUAAGGGAGGCUGCAACCCCAGCUCUUCCAAUUACUCUGGAGGAAAAAAAGAUGUAUUUGAAGCAGCUAAUGGAGCAGCUGAAGAAGGUGGUGAAAGUACUUCUACACAUUGGUGUAGAAUAUUACUUCGAAAUGCAGCUAGAUGGCCUGAGCCAUUUGCUAGCACAUGAUGGAAAAUAUAGGAAUGUGCUAGCAGAGAGGCCAUCGGUUGUAUCCGAUUUGAAGUAUCUGCGCCAAUGUGUGCAGAAAAUCCUCAAUGACGCAUAUGGAAGAGCAUUGGGGAGGGAAGAGUGUAACGUCCGCUUCCCUUACAAGAAACACUCUCUGGCACCUGUAGUCAUAGUUACAGGGAUGCCAGAGGGUGUAAACUUGAAACACCCCUCCUUUUACGGUAUUUCUACCUUAAGGAAGAUCAUCUCCAAGAAGGAGAUGAUCAAAAUGGACCUUAUAGCCCAAAGUGAGGUGGGAGAACCGAGUAUUCCACAAGCACCAGUGGUGGCAAAUAUUGUUGCACAAGAACCAAGUCCGUGUGCCGCAGAAGUCAUCCACAGCAGCGUGGAGACAGAUAUUUUCAUGGCCUCAGACAGAGCCUCAGGAGUACAAAACACCAUAGCGCAGGAUAUUGUUGCACAAGAACCAAGUCCGUGUGCCGCAGAAGUCAUCCACAGCAGCGUGGAGACAGAUAUUUUCAUGGCCUCAGACAGAGCCGCAGGAGUACAAAACACCAUAGCGCAGGAUAUUGUUGCACAAGAACCAAGUCCGUGUGCCGCAGAAGUCAUCCACAGCAGCGUGGAGACAGAUAUUUUCAUGGCCUCAGACAGAGCCUCAGGAGUACAAAACACCAUAGCGCAGGAUAUUGUUGCACAAGAACCAAGUCCGUGUGCCGCAGAAGUCAUCCACAGCAGCGUGGAGACAGAUAUGGAAGAGGCACCUACAAACCCUUUGCAACUUAGCACAGUAAUGAAGUCUGCAAAGCAAUCCAGGGAGAAAAGCCAAAGAACAGGAGUCAGAACUCUGUGGUCAGCUGCAGAAAUACUCGUUGUCCAGCAACAUUUCAGCCAGGAGUUGGCUGGGCUGAAGCCAGUGAAACGAAGCAGCAUUGACAGCUUUUUGGCCCAGCAAACAGUGGUUAAAAGAACAGCUACUGCACUGGGAAAUUAUCUAUUAAGGAACAGGAAGAAAAUCAGACAAGAUGAUCAGUAGUGAAUCAAAGCACCUCACCCACACUGAUGACGCUUGAGAUGUUGGAUUGAGUCUGAUGAAGGGCAUUCCGUACUUUCAAGACACAUUUUUACUGCCAUGUCAUCCGUUUCACAGAGCUGACUGAUUGGGGUGGGGGUGGGGGUAGGGGUUCUUUCUGGGUACUGCAACUUCUUUAUCACCAUCCACCUGUGUGAUAAUGCUACAUGAUAUAGCCCAACAAAUUAAAGACAUUCAAAAAUUGCAAUUUUUCCUUCUUAGUAGCUGUCAGUUGCAUGGAGCUAUAUGCAUUCUUCAUUGUGUUGAUGUCUUUGCAGACAUAAACCAUUUUCCCAGUGAUGUGGUUUGAGCUUAGUACAGAAAAAGCACAUGUAUGAUUAUGUGUACUAGUAAAGUUAAACAAUGUAAGGAAUGUGUUGCUGUCCACGCGAUUUCGACAUGGUAGGGGGUUUUGGUUGUGUGGCUAUUACUAAGCAUCAGAUCUUAUGAACUGACUAUUUGAUCUACACUGUUGGUGUUGCUAUUGUGCUUAUGUUGUAACUGAGUAUAUAAAAAAGCAAUGAAGUGGAAGAUUAUAAUUUUUUUUAAUUGGUCUUUUAGAUUAAAUUCUUUGCUGGCAUGUGUUUGUGAAACAGUGAUCCUCAGGAUUCAUCAUAAAUUUAAAACAAUUAUUGUCAUUUUGAUGUUUUUUGGUGUAAUGAAAAAUUGUCUUAAGUAUUUAGCUUGCCUAUCAAUAAGGGAUGACCAAUUUUAUGCCAUGUCAAAUAAAACCAAGCAUACUGUAUCAUAUAUUCUGUCAUUUCUUAGCUUCAUUUCAUGGUACUUUGUGUUCAGCUGUUGUGUCAUAGGAUAAGCAGUUCUUAACUGAACCUUGGACUUCUCCCUAGAAGUUUGGGGGACAUAUUGGGUUGUUGCCAUGUUUGGAGCUGAUGGUUGAAGAAAGAACGUGUUCUGGCGUCUGGUCUUGACAGCAGCACUGAUUGUUUUGCCUGUCCUCUGCACUAGCACUUUAAGGCAUCAAUUUUCGGUUUACUGAAAAAAAGCUUGCCUGAGGAAUCAAGUGGGUUGUAAUCUGAGAUUGGCCAUGUACCUGGUACAAUGGCAACUUCAACAGAAAUGGUAAUUCUUCAUGAUAGGAAUACAUCAACGCACCCAGGACUGUUAUAGCCAUGGUAUGUCUAGAAACAGCUGUUGGUCGGAUUCACAUUCGCAUCCUGUUAGAAAAAAAAAUGUACCAAUACCGUCUGUCAUAACCAUACGGAACCGCCCACCCCACCCCACCCCCAAGGAAAAAAAACCGCCAGCAUUUAUUAUCAGCCACCCAAGUAAAAACAUGCAGAAGUUCAUACAGAACAGCAAAGGAACUGCUAGCUGAAGAACAGG